AUGGCCGGACACAUUGUGCGCGCCCGCGCCCAGGCACUGCGCACUCGCAGCAUCGCCGCCAGACGACCGCACAUCCUCGGUGGCAAGCUCGUCCCGCCAACCCCAACCUACCGAUCUAUUGCCACGCGCAGGAUCACGACCGCUGCUGUGGCACCUGAGCCCGGCCUCGAGGUUCCGGGUGCCCAGGUCGAGUUUCCGCCGCCGCCGCAGAGCCGCAGAGAUGCGAUCAAGCAGGCAAAGCCCUUCUCGGAAUUUUUGACCGACACCUUCAAUCGCCAGCAUGACUACCUGCGUAUCAGUAUCACUGAGCGCUGCAAUCUGCGCUGCCUGUACUGCAUGCCAGAAGAGGGCGUCCCACUCUCCCCGCCGGACCACCUGCUGACGACCCCCGAAAUCUUCUACAUCUCGUCGCUCUUCGUGUCCCAAGGCGUCAACAAGAUUCGGCUGACCGGCGGCGAGCCCACGGUGCGCCGCGACAUCCUCCCUCUGAUGCAGUCCAUCGGGUCGCUCCGCUCCAAGGGCCUGCGCGAGCUGGCCAUCACAACGAACGGCAUAUCGCUGCACCGCAAGCUGGACAGCAUGGUGGAGUCGGGCUUGACAGGCAUCAACCUGAGCCUGGACACGCUGGACCCGUUCCAGUUCACUAUUAUGACGCGGCGCAAGGGCUUCGACGCGGUCAUGAAGAGCAUAGACCGGGUGCUGGAGAUGAAGCGGCUGGGCGCGCCGGUGAAGCUCAAGAUCAACUGCGUCGUCAUGCGCGGCAUGAACGACCGCGAGAUCGUGCCCUUCGUCGAGCUGGGCCGCGAGAAGGACAUCGAGGUGCGCUUCAUCGAGUACAUGCCGUUCGAUGGGAACAAGUGGAACCAGAAGAAGAUGAUGUCCUACCAGGAGAUGCUGGACGUCAUCCGCGCCAAGUACCCGGACGUGCGCCCCGUCAAGGGCCACAAGAACGACACGAGCAAGACGUGGGAGAUUCCCGGCUUCGUCGGCAAGAUUGGGUUCAUCACGAGCAUGACGCAUAAUUUUUGCGGUACUUGCAACAGGCUGCGCAUCACGAGUGACGGUAACCUGAAAGUCUGCUUGUUUGGCAAUACCGAGGUCUCGCUGCGCGAUAUCAUGAGGAAAGAUAACGACGGCAAGCCGAUUGACCAAGAGGCUUUCGAAGCUAUCAAGGAGGUUGAGAUGAACAGGCAACAAGGUCUUCUGAGUGAGAGUUCAACCCCCGGCUGGAGUGAGCGGGAGCGCGAGCUCCUUGAAGUCAUUGGCGCUGCUGUUAAGCGUAAGAAGGCAAAACACGCCGGAAUGGGGGAGCUCGAAAACAUGAAGAACAGGCCUAUGAUUCUAAUCGGUGGGUAA